AACUCACGGUCCGGAGGAGGACUCGGGCAGCCCGCCGCCACGAGCAACGGAUCGAUAAGCCGCCGUGUGACCAGAGGAAAAUGGGCAACUGCCAGGCGGCGGACGCGGCGGCCGUGGUGAUCCAGCACCCGGGCGACGGCAAGGUCGAGCGCCUCUACUGGCCGGCCACCGCGGCCGACGUCAUGCGGAAGAAUCCCGGGCACUACGUCGCCCUCGUUGUCCUGCACGUCUCCGGUGGCGGUGACGCCAAGACCGACCCCGCCGUCGCCGGAGGAGGAGGCGCCAGGAUCACGAAAGUGAAGCUCCUCAAGCCCAAGGACACGCUUCUUCUCGGCCAGGUCUACCGCCUGAUCACCUCCCAAGAGGUGACAAAGGCAGUGCAGGCGAGGAGGCAGGAGAAGAUGCGUGCCUGCGACGAGGUAAUCGAGCAGCAGCAGCAGCAGCAGCGGCCGCGGCUACACCGGCGGCGUCAGCCGCCGAGGCCGAGGAGCGACGCCGCCACCGAAGCCAACGACGAACAGAGACAGCCCACCGAUCACCAGGAACGGAGGCGGCUGGAGAAAGACCGGCACCGGAGCGUCACCGGCGGCGGCGGCGGCGGCGCCGGGAGAGGCCGGCACUGGCGGCCGUCAUUGCAGAGCAUCACUGAACUGUCGAUCUGACCGCGACGCACUUUUAUGGUGGAUUAUUAGAAUAGGAAAGGUUUGGAGUUUGGAGCUAGAAAUGUACAUUAGAGGAAGAGGAGCGAUAUGCUACCACCAAAAAGGUUGCUCUGUCCGUGUUAGUCGUCAGUUGAAACAGUGAUCUCAAUGUGCGAAACAUACAUCGCCUUUUGACACUGUUUCAUUCCGUCUGUUUUUUGAAAAAAAGAAAGGCUCGAUUCUUACUGUACAGCACAGUACUUUGGCCGAGUCAGACAAGUGAGAACUGAAA